AUGGGCUCUUUAGGAGACAACCGCAUUCAGCUCUCGAAAACACAAUUCGUGACAUAUUACCAUACCGAUCUUGCAAAGGCCGAGAGGUUCUUGCUCGACUUCGGCUUUGAAGUCGCUGCCAAGAGCGACGAUGGCAAGGUGAUUUACUACAAGGGAUACGGUGUUGAGCCAUACUGCUAUGUUUCCCGUCUAGCACCGGACAGCGAGCCUCAUUGGGGUGGAGCAGCCUUUCUUGUGCCGUCGCGAGAUGAGCUAGAGAAGGCUGCAAGUGUUGUCGGAGGUGCAACAGCCAUCAGCAAGCUCGAUGGUCCAGGUGGGGGAGAGAUGGUGACGCUGACGGAUCCCGUCGGGCACAAGGUGCAUUUGGUGUGGGGCAUCGAGGAGAGGAAGGCUCUCGCGGCACCAACAAAUGAUUCGAGCCUGCAAAAGCUGGUCAUCAACUACGCCGAUGAGAAGCCUAGAGUCGGGCGAGGUCAGCGAUUCAAGCCCGGUCCCGCGCCCGUACACAAAUGGGGGCACUACGGAGUGUCGUACGCCCCCGGGACCUACCAAAAGAUGUACGACUUCUAUACAGGCACGCUGGGACUUGCGGUGUCGGAUGUCGUCACGAUUGAAGGCAAGCCUGCUGUGGCCUUCUUCCACAUUGAUCAUGGUCUCGGCUACACCGAUCAUCACUCGUUCUACAUGAAACCGGCGAAGGAGAAUGAGAAACUUGAUGUCGCGCAUAGUGCUUUUGAGGUGCACGACUUCGAUGUUCAGCAACUGUCACACAACUACCUUGAAUCUAAAGGGUACAAGUUGUCGUGGGGUGUCGGUAGGCACAUCUUGGGUAGCCAGAUAUUUGACUACUGGUAUGACGAGAGCGGCUUUGAGGUGGAACAUUAUGCGGACGGAGAUCUGGUGAACAGCGAGACAGAGGUCACUCGCGAGGAGCUGACACCGCACAGUAUGUACAUAUGGGGUCCAGAGCGGCCAGCUGUAAGAGGAUGA